AUGGCUGAGGCUAGAAGAACAAACAUUGUGCAAGGUAAACUUGCAGAAGGCGAAGAUCGGGAAGAGCAGGAGAAUGAACUGUUUGCCUUGCAGGCCAUAUUUGAAAAUGAAGAUCUUGAAAUCUGCAAGCAUGACAAUCCUCAUGGUCAUACGCCAGGUGGCAUUUUCAACAUCCCAAUCUUUACACCUGAAAACUUCUAUGUGAAACUGACAAAAGACCUUUGGAAGAUCAAGAAAUUAGCCUUUGCUUCAGUUACUGGGAGAGGCAGAAGUGAAAAAAUCUUACAGAAAGUUGCAGAGAAACAGUCGAAGAAGCAGACUGGAGCAGCAGCAGCAGUGGCACAAGAGAAGUUGUUUUUGGUGAAGAGAUUGCCUCCCAUUACUCUGACCUUUGCCUACCCUCAUGAUUACCCAUCAACUAAUCCACCAGAGUUUACUUUGUCUUGUUGCUGGCUGGAGAAGAAACAUUUGAGUCGGUUGUGUGAAAAACUGGAUGAGCUGUGGUCCCAGCAUGCAGGAACACCUGUGAUAUCAGUCUGGCAUGAUUUCAUUUACAACAGUGUUGUCAGUUUUUUAGGAAUUAAGUCCCCAUAUGAUUUGGGCAGAGUCUAUGUUCACAUAUUUACUCAUCCACCACAUCGCCAGAACAAAAUGUUACUGAAACCACGGCCAUUUGACGAGCGAGGGAUACAGAAUUUUGCAAACCUUGAUGAAGUACUUGCAAAGGUGCUUGACUUUAACAUUGUCACCUGUGACAUCUGCUUCGAAGAGAAGCCAGGCGAUCAGUUUCUGAGACUUAUCAGCUGUGAUAUCCACCAGCAGUGCAAGUCAUGCAUGAAGGGCUGGGUGGAAUCCCAGAUCAAAGAAGGUGCAGUCAAUGAAAUGAAGUGCCCUGGGUACAAAUGUGAUAAGGACCUGUUGCCUACCGAGAUUGCAAGUGUUGUUUCCAAAGAACUUUAUGAAAGAUAUGACAGCCUUCUCUUGAAGACUGCUUUUGAUGUCAUGCCUGAUGUCAUGAACUGUCCCCGGUCAUUUUGUGGAUUUCCUGUAGUCCUAGAGGAUAAUCUGGGGUUAUGCCAACAGUGUCAUCAUGCAUUCUGUGGGAGAUGUCAGAAUACAUACCAUGGUCACUCACCGUGCAAGCUCAAGUCUGAAAUGCUUGGGAAGUUGUGUGAGGAGUACGAGUCAGGUAAUGCCACUCGAAGGUUGGAACUAGAAAUGAGAUACGGAAAACAAGUUAUCCAGAGAGCCUUGGAUGAAACCAAAUCCAGUAAAUGGCUGGAAACGAACAGUAAACAGUGUCCGAAUUGCAGUACAUUUAUACAGAAAAACGAUGGCUGCAACAAGAUGACUUGUACCAACUGCCGAACCUUCUUCUGCUGGCUGUGUCAGCAGGAGUUGUCUAAAUCUAAUCCAUAUGCUCACUACCAACAUCCAACAUCGUUCUGUGCCAAUCGCCUCUUUGAGGGUGUGCAACUGGUGGAAGAUGAUGAUGACCUGUUUGAACUCCUCGACGACGAGUUUGACAGCGAGAGUGAUGAUGAUGUUGAUGUUGAUCACUUGUAG